CCGUAGCAAAACAAACACGUCAUUUUGGAGCGAAAGUUUCGGAAUGAAAGCACAUGCAGAAAUGUUCUGCUUAGAAUAACCCAACACACCUCGUUUAUAACGUAUUUAGAAAGUAUUACACAGUAGAACAGCCCAUCGUCGCAAAAAUGGAGGGACUUGAAAUGUCCGCAAUGAUACCGGCUCUGCAAGAGCUAGCUAGUGCCAGUGCUGCUGAGUACGACCAGGCGGUGCAGAAGCCCCGACACAUCCUCUGCCAGUUCAUAGACAGGAUUCUGACAGAUGUGGAUGUUGUUGCUCUCGGGCUAAGCAAGAAGUCCAGCUCCGAGCCGGCCUGUGUGAUGCUGUUGGACUUUGUGCAGCACAUCAUCAAAUCUUCCUCUUUAAUUUUUGCCAACCCUGCCUGCCAACCAGCAGACUACCCGGACACCACGCAGAGCUGCACAGACUUCAGUAAGUGGGUGGCGGUGCGUUUGCUCCGAGUGGCAGCAGCUCCGGGCUGUGAUGUCAUUCACGGUCGCAUCUCCGCUGUGCUGUGCUCUUUGCUUCACACGCUGAGAGUCAGAGCGCCUUCCAUCUUCAGCUGCCUCACUCAGGAAAUCAUAACUCUGGCCCAAGACCUCAGCAACAUCCUGUACGCGCACGUCACCACGGUGGCAGGGCCGGCUCACACUCUGGGCCUUCACCGGCAGAACCGGUGGCCCGAAACGCUGGAGUGCUUCACUUUCUCCCCCCUGCGUGCCUCGUCAUACCUCAUCCCGUCUCCUCUCGUGCUCUCCUCGCCAGCCGCCCUGGAGUCGCUGAUCGCCGUGGCUCUCGGCGUGGUGACGGACUGUCUCCGGGGGGUCGUCUCCCGCCAUGACCUGAGUGUGGCCUGGGAGACGGCGUGCGCCGUCAUGGCCAACGGCAACACCAGGCUGAGGAAGCUCUCCAUGGUGACGCUUCGAAAACUGGUGGAGCUCAGAGGUUUCCCCAAGAUGCAGAGCCACGAAUUCUUCACAGCCUUUUACCAUCUGCUGGAAACCCACUCCUACACCGCGUCGGCUGUGGGAGAGCCCUACGAAGGGGAGCUGCUAUACCUGUCCCGCUGCGUGUUUCAGUCCCCCCACGUUCUCCACUCUGACUUUGAGCCCGUGUAUCUCUCCCAGAUGUUUGAGUGCGUCUGUGCUCUUGGAAGUGCGAGCGUGAAGUUCGAAGCAGAAUUUACAGCAACUCUCUGCCUGCUGUUCAGCUUCUCCCUGUCCAUCGCUCCUGAAAUCGAGAGCGCUGCUCUGCUUAGGAGGCAACGGGUCACAGAGGUCUGCAGGAGUCUGGCAUGCACUGUCGGAACAGAAAAUCAAGCCCAGUGUGCAGAGGGGUUUUUACAGGCUGCGCUUAAGGCUGAGACAGCUAUGGUGAUACAGAGGUCAGGGGAUGGUGAGACUCCUUCCAAGAAAUCCCGCAAACCUACCACCACUUCAGCCACCAAAACAACUAAAAGAUCUGCAACUGAGGUGGACAUGCGUGUGUGCAGUGAGGUUUGGGCCCUGCUGAGUGGUCAGCUGGAGCAGCUGCUGGGGCGUUUCAGCUCAAACCCUUCAGAGGACACACAGACCCUGUCCGCUCUCAGGGGUCUGGCCCUCAUCCUUCAUCUGGCGGCCCUCUGCUCCUCCCCAAUCCAGCAGGUUGAGCAUGGUCUCCAUCGAUGCAUAUGUGAUCUGCUGUCUCUUCCCUGGGUGUGUGAAAACAAAUCGUCCGCAGCCUAUAAGAGCACCGGAUUCCCCCCCUCGCUGCCUUCCUUGGCUCAGAGGCUCACCUUCUGCUAUUCAGCUGAGGUCCAAGCAGACUGCGUGACGCUGCUGGCCUUCCUGCCUGACGGCCUGUUCGAGGCGUGGCGCAUGUGCGUGUUUGCCAAGGCUCUGCAGAGUCAGGAGGAGGCAGUGAGGGCCGCGGCCGUCAGGGCGCUGCCUUUUCUUCUUCACCACCUGGGAAAGUCGCACCACAACCUCCUGAGUACCACACUGCUUUCCAGGCUGGAGGACAGUUCGGAGCAGGUGAAGACGGAGCUGGCCAGGAUCGUGGGACACCUGAGCUGCAUCCAGUCGGAGCUCUCCAGGCUUUGCGACACCCAGAUUCAAGCAGACUCCGCAGACCCUCCCAGAAUCCUCUGCCUCCGCUGCAGCCUUACAACUGAGCAUGCUGGGAAAGCAGCGCCGGGCCUCAGGGCAUCUACUGUCAGACCCUUUCUUCCUUUACUCGGACCUCAAGCCGCGAGUAAAGUCAAACAAGCAUUCCUGGAAGCUCUACCUCACCUCUGCCAGCAUGUGGAUCUGACUGGUGGAGACACGGACUCCCGGGCAGUUCUCUGCGCACUGAUAGUUCUGAUGGAGGACGCAGAUCCCGAGGUCAGAAUGCGCUUCGGCCAGUCGGUGCGUUUUCUGCUGACCGAGAGCCAAAAACACUCUGAACAGGACACUCUUAAUGAGCUCCUGGUUGCACGUCUUAAGGAAGCAUUCCACAAUGCUAAAGUCAGCAGAGAUGACAACCUGCGCAACACUCUCAUCCUCACCACGGGGGAGAUCAGCAGAGCCUCUCAGGGGAGUUUGGUGUCAUUUGCUCUACUGCGUCUGCUCCACUGUCUGCUGUCGAAGUCCUCCCUGGUGUCUGUGGCUGCCUACACACAGAUCAGAGCUUUGGCUGGUGCCAAAGGCUUAAAACUGCAAACUCUCUUCAGUCUGUACAAAAAUCCCAUUUGCCAGUUCCUGGUGGAAUCACUUCAUUCACGUCAUGCAUCCGCCCUGCGGAGCACUCCUGAUCAGGGCAGCGAAUCGACCAAUCAGAGAGAGCUGGCUCUGGACAUCCUGGCUCAGAUUGCACAUGCUUUUGACUUCCCAGACCUUCACCGCUUUCUCACUCGGACACUUCAGGUGCUGCUGCCCUAUCUGGCAGCUAAAGCGAGCUCUACAGGCUCCGCCCUCAUCCGCACUCUGGCCAUUGAACUGAAGGCAAACAGGAGGGAGAUUCUCAUCAACAACUUCAAGUAUAUCUUCAGCCAUCUGAUCUGCUCCUGCACUAAAGAGGAGCUGGAGCGAGCUUUUCACUACCUACAGAGUGAAACUGAGAUCGAGUUGGGCUCUCUGCUCCGGCAGGACUUCCAGGGCCUUCACAACGAGCUGCUGCUGCGUUUAGGAGAACAUUACCAACAGGUGUUUAAUGGUUUAGCGAUCUUGGCCUCUUUUGCAUCCAACGACGAUCCAUACCAGGGUCCUCGAGACAUCACCACCUCAGAACACAUGGCUGACUACCUGCAGCCGAAGCUGCUCGGGAUUCUCGCCUUUUUCAACAUGCAGCUGCUCAGCUCCAGUGCAGGAGAGAAGGACCGCAAGAAGCUGGCGAGCCUUGACGAGUGUUAUGGCACUGAUGCGGCUGAUGGGUUCCAAACACAUCAGCUCUGUCCGAGUGAAGAUGAUGACGACGCUGCGCACCGGGCUCCGUUACAGAGAGGAUUUCCCUCUGCUUUGCUGCCAUGUUUUGUGAGAAGCGUGGAGCCUUCACACCUCGGACCUCUGUUGAGUCAUGUUAUCGUCGCCCUGCUCCCCCUGAUCCCACUACAGCCCAAAGAAACGGCCGCUAUCAUCCGCUACCUCAUCCUGGACAACAGGGAGGAAGUUAAUGACUAUCUUCAUGAGAUUUACUUUCUACCAGAGCACCCAGAGCUGAAAGACAUCCACACGGUUCUGCAAAAUUACAAAAAGCUGACAGCCAGCAGCAGUGAUUCAGCUGCUGCGCUGCAGCUCUCUAUGAGAGCGGUCCAGCAUGAGAACGUUGACGUAAGAAUCCACGCACUGACCAGCCUCAGGGACAUGAUGCACAGCAACCAGGAGUGGAUGCUGCAGCAGGUUUGUGCCAGUGAGGCAGUGGAACCGGUCAUUUCCAACCUGGUGUCCGUGCUGCUGAAGGGCUGUCAGGACUCGUCCCCCGAGGCCCGGCUCCUCUGUGGGGAAUGUCUCGGCGAGCUGGGGGCCGUAGAUCCUGGGCGUCUCGACUUGUCGCACACACUCACCCACGGUGACCGCAACACCUUCGUGAGUGGGGUUGAUGAUCCUAACUUUGCCCACGAUUUGCUGACUGAGUUGACCAGAACAUUCCUGGCUUAUGCUGAUGAUGUGCGAGCCCAGGACUCCUCUGCAUAUGCAAUUCAGGAACUGCUGUCCAUAUUUGAGUGUCGCGAGGGAAGGAACGACUCCCCGGGCCGUCGUCUGUGGAGGCGAUUUCCAGAGCAGAUCCAAGAAAUCCUCGAGCCUCACCUCAACAGCAGAUAUAAAAGCAGCCAGAAGGAGGUGAACUGGUCGAAAUUAAAGAAGCCGGUGUACCUGAGCAAGAGAGGCAGCAAAUUUUCUGACUGGUCAGCCACCUGGGCGGGAUACCUGAUCAGCAAGGUGAGGCAUGAGCUGGCCAGCAAGGUGUUCAGGUGCUGUAGCUUCAUCAUCAAACACGACUACAAGGUCACCAUCUACCUGCUGCCACACAUCCUGCUGUACAUGCUGCUGGGCUGCACGCCAUCAGAGCAGCAGGAGGUGACAGAGGAGAUGCUGGCAGUGCUGACAGAGGGUGAUGGGCGAGGAGGCGGGAGCAUCCAGGAGGCUGCCUCCAGCCUGUCCCAGCUCAGCACUCAGACUGUGUUCAGCAUGCUUUCACACCUCACACAGUGGAGCCGCCACAUCCUCUCCUCCAAACCCAGAGUCAACGAAAGUGGGGAUUAUCAACGUGUGGUGGCCUUCCUGAAGGAUAUACCGCAGGACGUUCUGGCUAAAGCCUCUUUGCGAUCCAAAGCCUACACCCGGGCCCUCAUGCACUUUGAGGCCUACAUCCUAGAAAAUAAGGAGAACAUCCUGGACCAUCUCACCUUCCUGCAGACGCUCUAUGCUGCAAUGCACGAGCCUGAUGGAGUGAGGGGGGUCAAUGCCCUGAGGAGGGAGGAGCCAUCUCUAGGGGAACAGAUACUUGAGCACGAGAGCAUCGGCCUGCUCAGGGAUGCUACUGCCUGCUACGACAGGGCCAUACAGCUGGAGUCAGACCAGAUCGGUCACUAUCAUGGAGUGAUGACUUCUAUGCUGGGCCUGGGACAGCUGUCCACGGUCAUCACGCAGGUUAACGGGGUACUGGCCAACAAGCACCAGUGGAAGUCAGAGCUGAAUAGGUACAGAGUCGAGGCGGCCUGGAAGCUCGGAAAGUGGGAUCUGCUGGAAGAUUAUUUAAGUUCAGACCAGCAGUCGAGCACCUGGGGCGUGCGGCUGGGCCAGCUGCUGCUGUCUGCCAAGAAGCAGGAUGCUGCCGCUUUCUACGAGAAGCUGAAGCUGGUGAGGAAGGAGCAGGUGGUCCCCCUGUCUGCUGCCAGCUAUGAGUGUGGAACCUACCAGAGAGGAUACGAGUAUAUCGUCAGGCUGCACAUGCUCAGCGAGAUGGAGCACUCGUUCACCGAGCUGCAGAAACUCAGAGACAGUCCUGCCUCCACCGCCAGCCAGCUGCCUCCUCAUUGGUCGGAAAGACUGGAAAUGACACAGAAUUCCUUUAGGGCCAAAGAGCCAAUCCUGGCACUGCGUCGGGCCCUGCUCAACCAGGGACCACAGUUUGGAUGUCAGGAGCUGGUAGGAGAGUGCUGGCUACAGAGCGCCCGAGUGGCCAGAAAGGCAGGACACCAUCAAACGGCCUUCAAUGCUCUUCUGAAUGCUGAUAACACACAUCUGGCUGAGCUGGUCACAGAGAAGGCCAAGUGGCUGUGGUCUAAGGGCGAUGUCCACCAGGCCCUGAUUGUCCUGCAGAAGGGCGUAGCCCAGUGUUUCCCUGAACAUGCCCCCCUGAGGGACCCGCGCAAACUGCAGACUAAAGGCAAAGCCAUGCUGCUGGUGGGCCGCUUCAUGGAAGAGACAGCCAACUUCGAGUCCAAUGCCAUCAUGAAGGCAUACAAGGAUGUGACCAACCUGCUGCCAGAGUGGGAGGAUGGAAAUUUCUACCUCGCCAAAUACUACGACAAAGUGAUGCCGAUGGUGACUGACAACAAGCUGGAGAAACAGGGAAACCUCAUCCGUUACAUCGUCACAUACUUCGGAAAGGCCCUGCAGUUCGGAAACCAGUACAUCUACCAGGCCAUGCCUCGUAUGCUGUCGCUCUGGUUGGAUUUUGGAGCAAAAGUGUGUGAAUAUGAAAAAGCUGGCCGAGCAGACAGACAGAUGCGGCAGGAGCUGAGUAAAAUCAACGCGGUGGUCAACGAGUACUGUGGCAGUUUGGCGCCGUACCAGUUCCUCACCGCCUUCUCCCAGCUCAUCUCCCGGGUGUGUCACUCCAGUGAUGACGUCUUCACCGUUCUGAUGAACAUCGUGGCUAAAGUGUUUCUUGCAUACCCACAACAGGCCAUGUGGCUGAUGACUGCUGUCUCUAAGUCAUCUUACCCCAUGCGCAUGAACCGCUGUAAUCAGAUCCUUAAGAAAGCCAUCAGCCUUAAACAUUCUCUGGAGAAAUUUAUUGGAGAUGCCAACAGACUGACCGACAAGCUGCUGGAGCUCUGCAACAAGCCGGUGGACGGAAACAGCUCCACCCUCAGCAUGAGCGUGCACUUCAAGCAGCUGAAGCGUCUGGUGGAGGAGCCCACCUUCAGCCAGAUCCUGAUCCCGCUGCAGUCCGUCCUCAUCCCCACGCUGCCCUCCACCAGCGGGGCCCACACCAAGCACGACGCCUUCCCAGGACACUGGGCUUACCUGGAUGGCUUCGAUGACAUUGUGGAGAUUUUGGCAUCCUUACAGAAGCCAAAGAAGAUAAGUCUGAAGGGUUCAGAUGGCCGGAGCUACACCAUGAUGUGUAAACCUAAGGAUGAUCUGAGGAAAGACUGCAGGCUCAUGGAGUUUAACUGCCUUAUCAACAAGUGCCUACGUAAAGAUGCCGAGUCGAGACGGAGGGAGCUCCACAUCCGCACCUAUGCGGUGAUUCCCCUCAACGAAGAGUGCGGCAUCAUCGAAUGGGUCAGCAACACCGCUGGACUGCGACACAUUCUCACCAAGCUGUACAAAGAGAGAGGUGUCUACCUAUCAGGUAAGGAGCUGAGAAAGCUCAUUUUACCAAAAUCGGCUCCAUUUGAGGAAAAGCUGCGGAUCCACAAGGAGGUCCUUUGUGCGCGACAUCCCCCCGUUUUCCAUGAGUGGUUCCUGCGGACGUUCCCUGACCCGACAUCCUGGUACAGCAGUCGCUCAGCAUACUGCCGCUCCACUGCUGUGAUGUCCAUGGUCGGCUACAUCCUCGGCCUGGGAGAUCGCCACGGAGAAAACAUCCUCUUUGACUCGUUCACGGGGGAAUGUGUUCACGUUGACUUCAACUGCCUCUUCAAUAAGGGGGAAACAUUUGAUGUCCCUGAGGUGGUUCCUUUCCGCCUGACCCAAAACAUGGUCCAUGCAAUGGGGCCCAUGGGCACUGAAGGCCUUUUUCGACAAGCCUGUGAGGUCACACUGAGACUAAUGAGGGACCAAAGAGAGCCGCUCAUGAGUGUACUCAAAACCUUCCUUCAUGACCCUCUGGUGGAGUGGAGCAAACAAGGCAAAGGACUAAAGGCCCAGGCUAAUGAGACGGGGGAGAUAGUUAAUGAGAAGUACACAGAGGAAAGUCUUGGCCAGGCCGAGCGGACAGAGUUGGACCCGCAGCUGGAGGAGCUCCUGGCACGGGCAGACAGCACCAAGACCUGGACGGACCAGAUCAUAUCCCAAACCGAGGUUUUACUACAGCCCAGUCCAGGAGCUCGGUUGGAGGACCGGCUGUAUGAACAUCUGGAGUGGAGCGCGCCACCUAGGCCGCGUGCACAAGAGGUACUGGGAGAUCAGAUGACACAGGCCGGGCUGGAGAUUGGUUCUAAGACCCCAUAUGGAACAGCACUGAUCAAGUGUGGAGAGGCCCAGAAGCAGCUAGGAGAGGCUGAGAGGAAGUUUGUCCAAAGCGCCACCAUUCACUUUCUCACUCCUCUGCGAAGUUUUACGGAAGGUGAAUUCACAGCCAUCCAGAAUGAGCGUAAGAUGUUGGUGAACAAGCGUUUGGACAUGGAUGUAGCCAAGAGCAGGCUGAGGAAAGCCCACGAGGCCGACAGAGAGGCCAGGAACUUGAAUGCAAAUCCACUGGAUGAGGACUACUUGUCUCAUGUCUCCUACAUGUUCAGUUUCCUGCGUGUGAAAUGGCUCAAGAUGUGGGCUCAAGAAAUCGCUCAGGCAGAGAUGGAGCUGAGGAUCUGUCAGAGCCUUUUUGAUCGGCAAUCUGAAAUUACUCGACGAAUCGUGGAAGGAAUCAGCAGUACUCACAUCAACCACAUGCGAAGCCUCACUGACUUUGUGGAGGCUCAAGCCUCUUAUUUUGCACAGUGCAAACAACAAGCUCAGGAACUUGAAAGGCAGCUUUCCAGCAUCCCAGCUGUCCUCUGCUCCAAUAACUGGCAGUCGGCAGCCUCUAAUGCACUUAAUCAGCCAUCAACAAGCAGCCGCGUUGCUAAUGAGCCUCUUGGGCUGGAUGAGAUCACUCCAGUGCCCGUAGUCGUCCGCCAGCUUCCAGACUUUGACCAGGACUCAUGGACCGUAAAUACCGUGCCCAAAAAGGCCCUCAUCCCUGACCACGGAAACAACAACAACAAUAACAACUCUGCCACUCACAGCCAGGCAAACGGGAACCCCUCAGCAGAUAGCAGCAAGCCCUACCCCAGCCAUGGCUUUACAUGUGGACAGAAAAAAGAGCUACCAUCACCCAGUAUGGCAGGCAUGGACGCCCAGCCGGUGAAUAAAAGCGAAGGCAGAGACACAACGGCCGGAUCUCCACCCUCACAGCCUAAUUCAACUCAAAGCCAGUCUCAGUCGGGAAGUGUGGUAGCUCUGGAGGCCGGACCACCCGAUGGCGCGGCCGCCAACCCCCAAACAACCAGCGAAACUCGUGAGCUGCCUCCAGUGAAUGGAGAGGAUGUCCAGAAGGCCUCACCAGAGAGGACACACGUGGACUAAUGGAAAAAAGUGUUUAUCUAGGGAUGAAAAAUGUGGCUUGAAUUGCGUCAGCUGCCACUGGAACCUCAGCUGAUGUUCCAGACCCUGAAAUGCAGAUAAUAUGACUGAAAUACCAUCCGUGUGCUCUAAUGUAGCUAUGACAAAACAGUGUAAGGAAUCACAUAAGGAACAUAAUGUGAAGUGUUUGUACACAGGAAUAUUAGCCCUCAGUCAUUUUCAUGUGUUGCAGAUGUUGUGUGUCACUGAUUGUUUAGUCGCAGUCUCCUCUAUGGAAACAUUAAUACACUUCCAGUUUCUGGCUGAAAAACGAGGCCGGCCCGACUAUUGUGUCUGCACUGUGGAAAGUUGUUUUCAGUCAGUGUCUGUAAAACAGAAUCUUUUUUUUUUUUUACAUUUGGCUAAAUGAACAAACCAAUCAAGCUCUGUGCCAAGUGAACUAAAGUGUGUUUACAGGCGACCCGGACACCUUGAAAAAGAGCUGUCUGUGUGUGAUUCUGCCACCUCAUGAGUCAUGUUUUCGACAAGGUGAGAUCAUUUUCCACACAGAAACGGUCAAUCCCGUAACUCUGUAGGUGUUUUGGGGAGCCUGAGAGGUGACAACACACUGGGUUUGACUGGAUGUUUAUGCCUCCUGCUACACGCUCUGGGUGUGUCCUGUUAAAUACACUGAAAUCAUGUUUUCUUCUCCUCUUUAGCCUUUCACCUGCAGAAACCAGUCUCUGAGGUGAACCGGGUAGGGGUUUUCAUGUCCAGAUGUUGUUGAUUAACUUCUAGAGAAAAGCUGUAAACCGGUGUGGUGUGUGUCCAGUUUUGGGACCCUGAGAGGUAAGAGGCACACAGUCUCUAAUGUACUGAUGUAAUCACCCGCCCACCCAUUUCUUAUUUUCACAUCAUGUAAAGAUUGUGUUGAUUUGGAUAGCUGCCGUCCCCACAUUCAAAUUUCCGCCUGUUUUAUACUCAUGGUGUAGUAUCAUGUUGUUGAGCUGAUGCCCACAGAUUUCACUGGAUUCAUGCUAACAUGUGGAUGUAAUAAAUAUGCAAAUACUAAUGUCAUAACCG